AUGUGUGGUGCCAGACGCGGAGAGCUCUCCGGCUCGACCAACGUCCCCGGUGGCCGUGAGGUCCUCCCCACCAAUGUCAAGCCCCUCCACUACGACCUGACCCUCGAGCCCAACUUCGAGACCUUCAAAUACGAUGGUACCGUCGUCAUUGACCUCGACGUUGCCGAAGAUACCACCUCCAUCUCCCUCAACUCCAACGAGAUCAAGAUCCACGAUGCCGUCGUCUCCUCCCAGGGCGCCGUUGUCGCCUCCAAGCCCGAGAUCUCCCUCAACCCAGACAACCAGGUGGCAACCGUCAAGUUCGCCGACACCAUCCCCGCCGGUGCCUCGGCCCAGCUGAAGCUGACCUUCACCGGAGAGCUCAAUGACAACAUGGCUGGUUUCUACCGCUCCUCCUACAAGACCGCCGACGGUCAGACCAAGUACAUUGCCACCACGCAGAUGGAGCCCACCGACGCCCGCCGCGCCUUCCCCUGCUUCGAUGAGCCUGCCCUCAAGGCCAAGUUCACCGUCACCCUGGUCGCGGACAAGGACCAGACGUGCCUGAGCAACAUGGACGUCGCCAGCGAGACCGAGGUCCAGGGCGGCAAGAAGGCCGUCAAGUUCAACACCUCCCCUCUCAUGUCCACCUACCUGCUCGCCUUCAUCGUCGGCCACCUCAAGCACAUCGAGACCAACGCGUUCCGCGUCCCCAUCCGCGUCUACGCCACCCCGGAUCAGGACAUCGAGCAUGGUCGCUUCUCCCUGGACCUGGCUGCCCGCACCCUCGAGUUCUACGAGAAGGCGUUCGACAACACCUUCCCCCUGCCCAAGAUGGACAUGGUGGCCAUCCCCGAUUUCUCCGCCGGUGCCAUGGAGAACUGGGGUCUGAUCACCUACCGUGUCGUCGACGUGCUGCUGGACGAGAAGACCGCCGGAGCUUCCCGCAAGGAGCGCAUCGCCGAGACCGUCCAGCACGAGCUGGCCCACCAGUGGUUCGGUAACCUGGUCACCAUGGACUUCUGGGAUGGUCUGUGGCUCAACGAGGGUUUCGCCACCUGGAUGUCCUGGUAUUCCUGCAACAGCUUCUUCCCCGAGUGGAAGGUCUGGCAGACGUACGUUAUCGACACCCUGCAGGGUGCCUUGUCCCUCGACUCGCUGCGCAGCAGUCACCCCAUCGAGGUGCCGGUGAAGCGGGCCGACGAGAUCAACCAGAUCUUCGACGCCAUCUCGUACUCCAAGGGUUCAUCCGUCCUGCGCAUGAUCUCCAAGUACCUGGGUGAGGAGGUCUUCAUUCAGGGUGUCCGCGACUACAUCAAGAAGCACGCCUAUGGAAACACCCAGACCGGUGACCUGUGGGCGGCUCUGGCCAAUGCCAGCGGCAAGCCCGUCGAGGAGGUCAUGGACAUCUGGACCAAGAGUAUCGGUUUCCCCGUGGUCACCGUCUCGGAGAACCCCGAUACCUCCUCCAUCAAGGUGAAGCAGAACCGGUUCCUGCGCACCGGUGAUGUUCGCCCCGAGGAGGACAAGACUCUGUUCCCGGUUAUGCUGGGUCUGCGUACCAAGAACGGCAUCGACGAGGACACCAUGCUGACGACCCGUGAGGGCGAGUUCAAGGUGCCCGACCUGGACUUCUUCAAGCUGAACGCCGACCACUCCGCUCUCUACCGCACCUCGUACACCCCCGAACGCCUGACCAAGCUGGGUGAGGCGGCUCGCACCGGUCUGCUGACCGUCGAGGACCGCGCCGGUAUGAUUGCCGACGCCGGUGCCCUGGCUGCGUCCGGCUUCCAGAGCACCUCCGGACUGCUGUCCCUCCUGAAGGGAUUCGACGGCGAGGCCGAAUUCAUCGUGUGGAACGAGAUCCUGGCCCGUAUCGGCACCCUGCGUGCGGCCUGGCUGUUCGAGGAUGCCCCGACCAAGGACGCCCUGAAGGCCUUCCAGCGCUCGCUGGUUAGCAACAAGGCGCACGAACUCGGAUGGGAGUUCUCCGAGAACGACGGCCACAUCCUGCAGCAGUUCAAGGCUCUGAUGUUCGCCAGCGCCGGCAGCGCCGAGGACCCGAUCGUCGUCAAGGCCGCGCACGACAUGUUCGAGCGGUUCGCCGCCGGCGACGCCAGCGCCAUCCACCCCAACAUCCGCGGCAGCGUGUUCAGCAUCGUCCUCAAGCGCGGUGGCGAGAAGGAGUACGACGUCGUGCUGAACCAGUUCCACAACGCCGCCACCAACGACGAGAAGACCACCGCCCUCCGCUGCCUCGGCUCCGCCGAAGACCCCGCCCUGAUCCACCGCACCCUCGAGCUCGCCAGCGGCGACGAGGUCAAGAACCAGGACAUCUACAUGCCCCUCGGCGCGCUCCGCAACCACGUCGGCGGUAUCGAGGCCCGCUGGGCCUGGCUCAAGACCAACUGGGACGCCGUCUACAAGCGUCUGCCUCCCUCCCUGGGCAUGCUGGGUACCGUCAUCCAGCUCAGCAUCUCCAGCUUCACCACCGAGCAGCAGCUCAAGGAGGUGCAGGAGUUCUUCGAGAGCAAGGACACUAAGGGCUACGACCGCGCCGUCGAGCAGAGUCUGGACGCCAUCCGCGCCAAGGUCAACUGGGUCAAGCGUGACCACUCCGACGUCGAAUCCUGGCUCAAGUCCAACGGAUACACUCGCGACGGGAAGCUGUAA